GUUGCUAGCUUACAAGUCUCGUGUGGCAACGGGCAAGCGAAGUCAUGGUCAAUUGAGCAUAGUUGCAUACGGUUGAUUUCAGGCCGAGCAGAGCAGCGAAGGCGAAAGCUCACGCGUAGAUGCAGAACUUGCGACCCAAAUGGGUUUUCUUUUCUACGGCGACCGAAGCGAGGUCAAACAGAACGCGCAGCACGAGAGGGAGAGGGAGAGGGAGAGAGAGAGAGAGAGGGAGACGACGACGCCAUUGAAGGUGGAGGGGGAGGCUCGCCUCUGCCUGCGGCGUUUCCAGCAUAGAUGGCCGAAGCUGCUUUACUUGCUCUGGCAAAGAUUGCUUCCUAUGUAGCUUGUGAAGCAGCCAUGGUUGCUAAAUCCAAAGUUUCUAAUCUAAUGGAGGUCUCAUAUACUGUUCAACGGAUACGGAGGCAAUUUUUGAUGAUGAACUUCUUUAUACAAAAAAUGGGUGCUUCUUACCUUAGUGAUGAACUUCUCAAGGGAUGGAUCUCAGAGGUGAGAAUGCUGGCAUACCAUGUUGAGGAUGUAUUGGACAGUUUCUCCUACCAUUCUUAUCAGUUCAAGAAAGAUAAGUUCCUGAAUAAGAUUGCCAAGGGAUCGUUCUAUACUAUUGUAUUUAAUGAACUUGCUAAUGAGCUGAUUCAGAUAGAGAAGGAUAUUGAACAUGUUUCAAAGUUGAAGGACAUGUGGGUGCACCCAGUGACGCAGCUUGUUCCUACUGAAGUCACCAUCUCUCAACAGCAAUUCCCUCGGUACAGUUUUCCCCGACUUAUGAAGGAUGAGAAUCUUUUUGGGAUGGAGAAUAACAGGCAGCUAUUAAAGCAACUACUCGGUCCUGAAAUUUCAGCUCUCACGGUGAUAUCUGUUUGGGGUAUGGGUGGCAUGGGAAAGACCAUAUUGGCCAUUAAUGUAUGUGAGUGUCAUAAGGAGAAAUUCAACAUUUAUGUGUGGCUCACUGUAUCUCAGGCAUUUUCAAUGGAGGCUUUGCUGAGAAAGCUAUUAUUGGAGAUUCGUACCUAUCAGCUCUCAACAUUGCCUGAUGGUGGUAGUGUCAACCAGAGGAAGCGGGCUUCUGAUGAUAUUGACAAUAUGGAGGUUUCACGAUUGAAGACGAAUUUAAAGGAUGCACUGAAAAAAAAGAGAUUUAUGGUUGUGCUAGAUGAUGUCUGGGAUCGUCGAGCUUUUGAUGAAGUUCAUGAUGUGUUUCCGGACUGUAAGAAUGGAAGUCGCAUUGUGAUCACAACACGGAGAGGGGAUGUGGCUGCUCUUGCUCACCAUGGCUGUCAGCUCAAGCUUAAUCCACUAGAAGUGAAGGAUGCCCUCCUUCUGUUCUGUUCAAAGGCUUUUCCUAACAGCAAUGACUCUGAUUGCCCUUUAAAGCUCCAGGAACUAGCCAUAGAUCUUGGGAAGAAAAACAAGGAUUCAUCACUAACAAAGUGCCCACCAGAACUAAAGGGGCUAGCUGAUGAUAUUGCAAAGAAAUGCAAGAGCUUGACACUGGCGAAUUGCUCACAUAUUAAGGCUCUAGCUUGCGAUAUUGUAAAUAUAUGUGAAGAGUUACUGGAAGAAAAGUUGCCAUCUGAGCGUCAGGAGUUAGCUAAUAAUAUUGUAAAGAAAUGUGAGCUCUUGCCACUGGCAAAGUGCUCAUUAGAAGUGCAGAAGAUAGCUGUUGAGAUUGUGAAGAAAUGUGGGGGCCUGCCACUUGCAAUUGUAGCAAUAGGUAGCUUGCUGUCUGCAAGGAUGCAAAUAGAGUAUGUGUGGAAGCAGAUUUAUGAUCAGCUUCCAUGUGAGCUAGAGAAGGAUGACCAGGUCCGAGGAGUCUUAACUCUUAGCUAUUAUGACUUGCCUGGAGAGCUCAGAAAUUGUUUUUUGUACUGCAGCAUGUUCCCAGAAGAUUACCUUUUGUCAAGGGAGGUUCUUGUGAGACUAUGGAUUGCAGAAGGCUUUGUGGUAAAGAAAGGGGACAGCACUCUGGAGGAGGUGGCAGAGGGAUAUCUCAUGGAGCUGGUUCAUCGAAACAUGCUUCAACUUGUGGAUAAUGAUGAGCUUGGCAGGGUUAGUACAUGCAGGAUGCAUGACAUUCUAAGAGAGCUGGCUCUUUCUAUAUCCAAAGCAGAGCUGUUUGGUACCGCAAACAAUUUUAGUGAAAUGGCGCAGAUGAGCACCAAUGUGCGUCGCUUGUCAGCAUGUCAAUUGGAGCAGACAAGACAUGAUUUAUCAAAGAUGCAAUUCCCACAUCUUCGAACCGUAAUCGCACUUGAAUCGAGCGUGGACUUUGUACGGUCAAUAUUAUCUGAACCUAAGUACCUAACUGUCCUUGAACUGCAAGGCUCAGGAAUUAAUCAAGUCCCAGCAUCUAUAGGGGAUCUUUUUAACUUACGGUACAUUGGCCUAAGGAACACAGAAGUAAAAUCUCUACCAGACUCUAUAAAGAAGCUCAUGAAUCUUCAAACUAUUGAUGCUAAAUCAACCAAGAUAGAAGCAUUACCUAGUGGGAUAGUUAAGCUCUAUAAGUUAAGACACCUACUUGCAGACAAAUUAAGUGAUGAGACAAGGAUGGAAUUCCGGUAUUUCUGUGGAGUGGCAGCACCAAAAGGGUUAUCAAGGUUAGAAGAACUGCAGACACUUGAGACCGUUGAAGCUAGCAAGGAGUUGGGGGAGCAGCUCAAGAAAAUGAUCCAACUAAGAAACCUCUGGAUUGACAACAUAAAAGCUGAGCACUGUGCAGAACUGUUUGCUUCCUUGUCCAAGAUGCCACUUCUUUCUAGCUUGCUUCUGUGUGCAAGUGAUGAGAAUGAGAAACUUAACAUUGAUACUCUCGUGCCGACAUCAACAAUUCUCCAGAAGCUAAUCAUCAGGGGAUGCACUGCUGAGAGGACACUUGAGUCCCAGAUGUUCCGGGACUAUGGAGGACGCCUGAAGUAUCUAGCUUUAAGCCGGUGUCACCUUGGGGAAGAUCCAUUGGAAGGGCUCGCAUCAUGUGCACCAAACCUGACAUAUUUGAGUCUUAACAAGGUGCAUAGCAGUAGUGCACACACUUUGGUUCUUCCUGCAAAGUCGUUUCCAGUGCUGAAGACACUCGUCUUGAGGAACAUGUCUGAUGUCAAUGUACUGAAGAUUGGAGUUGACGCCCUUCCCUGUAUCGAAGGUUUAUACAUUGUGUCACUGUCAAGUCUUAAAAGCGUCCCUGAAGGCAUUGAAUUCCUUGGCUCCCUGAAGAAACUCACGCUCCUAGGUCUGCACGAUGAUUUCAAAUAUGACUGGGACAUGUACGGAAUGCAUGAGAAGAUGAAGCAUGUUACUGAUCUUCGUGUCUAAGAGUGGUACUAAUUCAGCAUUUUCCUGCAUGGUUCUGAAGGUGCAUACUGCAGAAACUGGUGAUUGCUCGCUUCUGGGACAUAUAUAGGUUUUUUUAAAGAAAUGUGUAUGUAGAUCUGUAGUUGAAUCUUUGUAUUGUUUUAAAUUUUGUUAAUUAAGUUUGGGAACAAUGGUAAUUUUCCAUUGGGAAGUUUAUUCAAGUGUUAUGUUUUUCUGGUUCCUUGGAAGCUGGUUUUAUUGUAACAAAUGGCACAUAUCAACCCAACUUUAUAGCAUAAGUA